UUUUGGCUGUUGACUGCAGACUUCAAGGGUACAUGCACAUAUCUUUUCGUUUCAAAAAUGGGUCUUCUGAUAACAUUUUUGAGCAUCGUUGCAUUAUGCAUUACAAGAAAUGUGGCUCAGCAGUGCUCACCGUCUCUCCCCACAACUCUGCAAGGCUUAGGCGGAGACAAUCCUCUACAGGCUGACGGUGUAUGGUACACGUAUCGCCAAAUGGGUAGAAAUUAUUCCACCGCAGCACAAAUUCAAAUCACUAGCGUAGCGCCUUAUCCCGAUCCAGUCACGAGUCAGCCAGGAUAUCUCCAAUGGUGGCAGAUCUUCCCAGAUACAUCCGCCACACCUUGUUUGCAUCAGUUUUGGACAGAAUCAUACACCACGGGCGGACUACAAAUCGGUGACUUGGGCGGAUCGGAUGACAAUUACAUUAUGCGUCCAACGGAUUUCGUGGUUAUGUACCACGAUUACCAGAACCUUAUGAUAAGCUAUGGAUGCAGCAAGCCACAGGCGGACGGUGUCCAUUGCGCCACGCGCACCAUCGUCGCUCAAACUCGCAAGCGACCAGACCAGUUAUCAACGUCCGAAAUGGAUAAUUUGGACAGCAUCAUCAAUUCCGCAUUCUCCAAAUACUGCGUUACAGUGCAGAAUGUACCAAAAGAUGUAUACGGACCAAAGGGCUCUUGUGCUGCUAUGGAACCACCGUUUUGCAUUGGGCAGGAUACUCAAGGAAUGAGGAACACCAUUAGAAACACCACAACUUCAACGGCAACCACUGCGCCAUCUGGAAGUGGAAGUACUGUUACGACGUCAGGGUGUAAAUGGCCGAAUUCGAUGCCUUCCCCGGGUCAAAUUGACAAUAGUUUGGUCAAUGGGACUUUCUUUGUCUAUCGACGAGUUUUCUCCAUUGAACCAAAUCCAGUGAAUAUGAUGGCUGACUUUCACAUCGUGGGACCAUCCGCUUCUCCUCUGAUUAACGCUUCAGCACAGACGUUCUGGGCGGAAUACUCCAGUUAUCACGACUUUAGCUCAUACGACUGCGUGCACGGUUUCUUCGUGGGGCAAAUCCAGGGCACCGGCUUCACAUUCGGUCUGAUCCUGCCAUAUACCACCGCACCACAACCGUAUUCGAACAUGUACCUGGUUGUGGACGCCACCCAAAACUUGUUCUAUGGAUGUGGUUCGCAAAAUCUGCAGACCGGUGUCUGUGAUUAGCCAAUAUUUGUGCACCUUAUUCGGACCAAUCCGUUGCAGCUAUCUCAGGCUGAUAAAGCUGCUCUGGACGCUGUGGAAGAUCGCUUCCUUAAUCAAUACGGCUGCAGUGCUGCUAAGGAUGUUACGCUGAUUUCUCACACAGCGGACAAGCCGUUAUGUAAAGCGAUACCUGCGACCGACUGCAUGCAGAAUCACAUCACAGGAUAUGAGCAAGUUCUGACCUUCCUAAAUGGUUGAUCCUAAAUGGGUGAUAACUUUGAGGUCUUUAUAGAGACUGCCAUGAGACAUGGCGUGGUUAUUUUCUUUCGCGAACUGCGAUCACGGCUAACCGUGAGAUAAGAAGUACUGUAUGUUAAAUCUCUUAGUAAUAAUUUUUUGUCGCCAUGCGGUGCUGAAGUGGAAUGUUGUUCAAAAUGCCAGAGUACUGCAUUUUUAUUGACCUUUGAAGGUUUCACUCGUUUAUACGCU